AUGCAGAGUGCUUCGGAUCAGUGGCACCGCGUAGAGAGGAGCGGCAGGAAGUUCCUCCGCUGGUUCAGGCUGCCGGGUAAUGCAAAAACUGAUGAGGUUAAAGCUAGAGUGGAAAAUGGCGUGCUUAUGAUUGCGUGUCCCAGGUUAUCCAUUGACUGGGGUGAUGCAUUUAAGAAGCCAUUAUUGACAUCCUUAGGAGUUGAGAUUGCUCUUGGGGAUAUACCAGCGUGGUGGGAGAGGAAAUUGAAGUGCACAAAGAGUGAAGAUUGUUGUAAAUACGAAGGCAUGCAAGAGAGAGGAGAUAUGGGUGUGGAUUAUCCUAUGGAUGCACAGGAUGGAGGUGAAUGGAACUCUUGUUACUCGAAGAAGCCUAAUCGGCCUCUACGUGGAAAAUAG